AUGGUGCAGUUGGUGGCCGUGGCGGUGAUAAUGGUGAAGGUAGUGAGGGAGUAUUCUCUGGGUGACUUAGUGCUGUUCCCAAGGCUUUGGGUGUACCUCUGGCUGCCCCUCACCAACAUCCAGUACUCCAACGAGGAGGGGGAGGGCCGCUGGUACAACUUGGAUGCUGACCGUGUGGUGGAGAAUGGAGAGGUGAAAGGCACUGCCAACCCCACUGGAGACUCCUUGCUGCUCGACUGUCGCUUUGAGCUGCCAUGGGGCAAAAAGGCCAAAGAAAGAGCAAGGAAGAAAGCUCUGGAUCCAGUGCUUCCUAACGGCCCGUGUGGCUCGGGGGAGCCUGGCCAAGCCUACGCUGGGGUUGGAGGCUCCCACGAUGCCCCUCCCUCCUCCCUCUCUCCACCUUCCUCCUCGACUGCCCGCCCAAGUCUCUCCACUGUAAAGCUCCUCAAUACUGUCACGUUUGAGACUAUCGAAUCUGCCACUGAUUAUGAUGAUGAUGAGUGCGUAGACUCCUCAAAGCCCAGUGAGAGGCCAGAUCUCCUCACCACAGCUGCAUCAGAGACCGUGGACUCUGGCAUUGGCAAUGAUGAAUUAGGUGCUGAAACUAGCAUUUCUAGAUUUCUUAGUAGAAGUGAUGAGGCCAAAGUUGAACAGAGUGAUGCCGUGAGUGGGACGGAUGAGGGUGGAUCUUCGCCAUUUAGGUUUAGCUUUCAAAUACCACUGUCGCAAAAGGAUAGGGAACUGUCCUCCCCUGCGGCCAGCGACAGCAAGACUUUCACAUGGGACCCAGAAACAAGUGUCUCUUCCUAUGCAAAUGCCCAGUCUUCUAGCCCAAAGGUUACUCUGGUGACCACCAAAUUUGCGUCGUUAUCAGUGUGUUCACCAGAUAGGGAACAACUCCCCCCUUGUAAAACUUUCCCCGAAACCUCCAGCCCAAGUGCCGUGCCCUCCUCAGGGAUCUUCAACAUCAAGCUCCUGAAAGAGAACCUUCUGAGGGAGAGUGAGGGACUGGACCCCCUGCAGCCAUCACCUAACCUGGAGGACUCCUCUUCAACCAGUAGUUACCUGACACUGUCUGGCUCCAGCGGCUUCUUUUCCAAGUCUAAUGCCACGGACGAGGUUCCGUCCUCCAAGACCUCACCCACGGCAGAGACUGAAUACCCAACUGAGGUCAAUGGCGAAGUGCCUUCCAGCACGUUCAAUUUUCUGAGGUCUCCUGCACGGACUGAACCUGAAGCUCCCCCAGCAGAGGAAGCCCCAAGCACAGAUUCCUUUAGACCCACCAGAUUCUCCUUCCUCACCCGAGAUUACCUUCCACCUCUGGAUAGUUCAACCGAGGAGGAGCAAGCUCCCGGGUGGUCUUCCUCCUCCUCAGAGCAACCCAUCUCGUCGCCUGUGUCAGGAUUCACCUUCUCAUUCUCAAGGACCACCGAAGCCUCGGCCACCACGCUCACCAGUGCCACGGCCACACCUGUCCUUGCCACCACCACUUCUCCGCCUCAAGAGAAGUCCAGAUUUUUCACUUUCCUCAACCUGAGGCACUCGCCGGGGUCUGAGUCACCUCCCUCUGUGGCCAGUGGGGAGAGUGAACAGGUCUCCACCCCAGGAAGUGUCCCAAAGCUCAAUUACCAUGAAACCCCCAAAGUCUGUGAUGAUGAGGAUGGUGAGACACUCAAGGAUGAAAAGACUAACAAACUGCUAUCCGAAAAGAUCAAAAUUGGGUCCUCAGAAAGCAAACAAUCAGAAGAGGAAAAGAAAGACCUGGAGGAGACCGAGGCCCAGGAACUGCAGAGGAAACUGGAGAUCCUGAACCACAUUAUGGACCAGGAGACAAGAGGGGCACCUGGCAACACCAGGAACCCCCAACUCAAUCUGAUGUCUGGCAUGUCAGAGGACAGUGACUACACCAGCGACAUCAAUUAUCCAGUGGGGCAGCACCCCAAUUCCUCUGUGUCGCAAUUCUUGGGUGUGGCAACCCAAAUGUCCACACCACAGAGGUCCCUAGAGACAAGCCGGGAAAACUCCUAUGAGAGGGAUGACGGUGUGCAGUAUGGUGGUGAGCCAGGCUACGGUGAGGGCUAUGACAGGGGAAUGGCAGAUGACUAUUACAGCUACACUCUGGAGCACAACAAGAAGAAUGAGGGUCACAAGCCCUCUGUAGCAGAUGAAGACCUUUUCUACAAUAGCCGCCCUAACAACAGGAAAGAUUAUAGGUAUGAACCGGAACCGUUGGAUGAAGAUAUCAGCCCAGUCAGCUACUACAGCAAGCACGGCCUCUUCACCAGUGACCAGAAUGAGGAGACACAGCCCACCAAGCCUACCUCCAACAAUGCCCGUGGGAAGCUGACGAGAGCCAAGCAGCACACGGAUGAAGACGGAACCACACGGCGCCCCAGCCUGGAGAGACAGACCACCAUGUAUGACGAGGAGGGUGGCGGCCAACGCACAGAGGGAACCAGUCGAGAAAACAGUGCACCGGCAGUGAGUGAAGGAGAGUAUGGGUAUGACAAGAAGACCAGGAAGGAGGACCAGGUGGACCAAGGGUACCAGAAUGAGGAGGAGGGGUGGUAUGACAAGGAGAGGACAGAUGGUUACUAUGGUGACUACAACAAAGAGUGCUACAAGGACGAGGGUUACCAAAAUGAUAAGAGUGAUGACGGGUAUGCAGGGGAGCAGUACGACCAGUAUGGGUACGGCUACGACCAGUAUUCUGGGUAUGAUGAAUAUUAUGGGUAUGAUAAGACUGGAGAAAAUUAUGACUAUGCUCAGUAUGGUUAUUAUGGGGAAGAUGGGACAUGGAUUUACUAUCAGAAUUAUGAUGGUUACUAUGGGUACUAUGAUGAGGCUGGUGUCUUUCACACUUACAAUGAAAACUACAAUUAUGCCUACCGGAGCAAUGAGCAUUUGGACUCAAUGGCAGAACUGCAAGGUGAUAUUGGCAAAGCUUAUGACUCUUCCAAAGUGAUCACUGCUCCCUCCAGCCUUGCCUCAACCUUCACCAUCACCACCUCUGCCAUCACCACCACCAAGGCUCUCAACUCAGUGCUCCCCACCACCACCUCCUCCUCCACCACUGCAAAGUCUGUGGGCAACCAUGUGGCGCCCACACAAACCACACAGCAGAAAGCUGAUGGACUCUUCAAUAAGUUGCUUCCUCAGCUUCCCAUAUCUCUUCCCUCCACUCUCACCACCACCACUGUUGCUGCCACCACCACUGCCACCACCACCACAGUCACGACAACACAGUCCAAUAGGACACCUAUGCAGCCAGCAGUUUCACAAGCUUCAGUUCUCUCACAACAACGGGCAGCACAGCAAAAGAUUGCUCAACAAAAGCAACAGCAGCAGCAGCAGCAAGCUAAACCUGCUGCUGGAGGGUUUGGUAUUUUUGGUGGAAUGAACAAGAAAGGUGGCCUUUUCAAUGCCAUGUCUGGCAUUACGUCCAAGGUGAGUGAUACGCUCAACACAGCUGUUAAAGAAGUUUCUGCAACUGCUGCAGCAGCUGCACAGCAGGCUAAUGUUGCUGCACAGCAGACAACUAAGGCUGCCACAGCUAAAGCAGCAGCAGCAGCAAAAAGUGCAGGUGUGGUCCCUCCACAGCAACCUCCAUUUGGACAAAAGCCUCCUACUACUCAGGCAGGAAAGCAGGCAUCUUCCAUGGGCAGGACCCUCACCAAGCAAGAGAGUGUUAGGAGUGAUAAAAUGCCUGUGGAUGAGGCAGAGAGACAGUCAUUGGCCACCCUGCCAGAAACCACAGAUCCCAAUUAUCAGGCAGAGUUGGACCAGACAUCCCUAUGGCAGCAGGAGAGCUACGAGACAGCACUCACGGACAAGACACAGCAACGGCAGGACAGUUUCGAGACUGCCCCUGAAGACUCGCUGUAUGAUGAGGACAUUCAAGGUCAAGAUGAAUACUAUGAUGAGGACUAUGACAGCCACUGGUCCAGAAGAGGGUACCCUGGUCAUGACCCUUACUACGAUGAUGAUUACUAUGAUGAUGAUCGCCGUUCUCAAAUCUACGAAGACUACCCAGACUCCUUCGAUAAUGAUGAUGUAUCGAGCAUAGUGGGCACUGAGCGUGGCUUGCCUCGGUACCCAUCUCAGGGUGACAGGUUCUUGGAUGGCGACACACAAUACUCAACAGAGUAUGAGAGUGGCACGGAGUCCAGGGAGGCUGUGAAUGACCGGAUAGAACCAUACCCUGGAGACCUGAGCAAGGAAAAUGAGGAGAAGCCAAAGGAAUCUAAGAUUAUUGAUUUCGACAUGAAGACUCGGGCGGAGCACGUGAAGGCGGAGAGUGAUACCGCAAAGGUGUCCCCAGAGGGAGGGUCUACCAGGGAGACCUCAGCAGCUAAAGACAGCAAAAAGAUGUUAUUCGAGGCAAAGAUGAUGCAAAUGUCCAAUGAUAAGUCCACAGUAGCGCCCUCUGAGAAGGUUCAGGCUGUAGGUGAGAAACUACAAUCUCAUUAUGAUGGAAAGGUUGUUGAAAAGGAGCUACCAGUCCAGUCUGCAGAACAGACCCAAACUGUGGCAGAAGCUCACACUCCGAGCAAAAGCCUGGCUGAGGCUGAUGUAAAAGUCAUGUCCCAGAACGAGGAUGAUGUGGCCUCAGGGGAACCCAUUAAGACUCAGAAUCACACAGAAAAGAGUAAAGAUAAACUUUUUAAUUUUGAGGCCAAGCUGAGGCAAGUUCAGCUUGGUCCCUCUGCCCAGCCUUCCCAAGUUCAGAGUGGUCCCACUGCGACCACCCUGAGCCAGCCCGCUGAGCAGGUAUCUAGGCAGAGCUCCUUCGAGGACAAAAUGCGACAGAUGAAAGGAAUACUAAAGCUCCCAACGUUACCUACAUCCCUACCCACUUCUUUGCCCAUCAAGUUACCAGAUUUAACAAGAGGCUCAGUGCCUAAACCCCAGGCCAGUGCCGCUGCCUCGGCCACCCGGCCUGCAGCAGCACCAGAACAGGCUAAGGAGGCUGAACACCCACCUCAGCAGAAGGUCACCCAGCCAGACAAAAGCAGCUCUGAGCCUGCAGCAGACCAAGCCAAGAAGGACACAUUUGAGGAAAAGAUGAAAGCUUUGCAGAAGCCCAGCUCUGAGGCACAGGUGCAGUUGGAACAGCAGCAACAAGCACAACAACCACAACAACAACCACAACAACCACAGAUGAAAGAGUCAGAAAAGUCAGUCGAGGAGCAGAAGUUGGUAGCCGAGCAUGGGAGCCACCCACCAACCACAGGAGACCAGCCAACAGAAGUGCCAGCUAGUCAAGAGGGUCAGGUUGAGGUUCCCCAACAACCCACGGAAGAAAAGGCAACAGUUGUUGAUGAAAAGGUGGCAGGUGUCCCCAGCACUACCGGCCCCGCGGCCCCUGACACCAAGGCACCACCACUCCAGCAACAACAGCAGCAGCAGCAGGCCAAGGAGGACGCUGUGCAGGGCGACACCCAGAUCACCAGCCCGGGGACCGUCGAUGCCGCGGCUACCACACCAGCGGGCGAGGCGGCGAGGGAGGUUAAGCUGUCGCCGCUGCCGUCCACUGAUGAGCGACACGUCAGCUUCGAGGAGGAUGGCGGCGUUCCCGGGGAGGAAGGGCCGCCCAAGAAGAAGAUGACGGCGAGGGAGCGUUGGUACUGGGCCUUCGAUAAGAUCGUCGCCAAGCUGAACGUAAGUACUCGAGGCCACGCUCAGACCUGACGGAGGGAACGUAAGUACUACCUUCCUCAUUUUUACCUCUCCUUUUCCUGCACCUGUUUACACCCAUCCUGCCCUUAUCUGUUCGACGUGGGCAGGUGACAAAUACAGGUGAGUCUGUGGGUGGCUCUCACGCCGCCAACACGUCCCCAGGUGAGGCAGGUGGAAAAGUGCGGCCACUCACCUUAGGGGGAUGCGUAGGAGGCAGUGUGAGUGAAACUUAUUGGGACGAGUUUUAUUUUAUUCCUUACUUUUUAUUGGGAUGUUGUUGAUGCGUUUCAGGUGUUUUAUGUGUGUGUGUGUGUGUGUGUGUGUGUGUGUGUGUGUGUGUGUGUGUGUGUGUGUGUGUGUGCUUCAUUUCUGAGUUUGUGGAAAUGCGGCUCAUAAAAGUAAUGGAUUUGACAUAAUCGUCUUGUCACUCAAACGGAAUCGUCGUAUUUUCUUGCGCGUCUCUACGACACCAAAAGGAAGAGGAUCAUUUUCUGUGCCAUUUCUAAGAAGACAACUCGAUUGUUUGUCUUUUCCGAGAGGAACCAAGUUUGCAUUUCAUACGUGAGAAGCGGAAAAAGCGCCUCCCGCCAAUGUCAGGAAGCAGAUCGUGUUGUUCCGUGACUAACAAGAGGAUUUGUCGUGUUUGUGCGCCACCAAACAAGAGGAAGAGACCUUUCUCACUUUUUAUCUCACCGCGCCAGUCAGAAUCACACGCCCGAUGGGAGGAACAGAAAAAGAAAGAGAUCUAAAAAAAAAAUAAUAAUAAAUGAAUAAAAAAAAAGCAGACUUUGCCUUUAGCUCUCUGGUUUGUAUCUGAGAAAAUAAAUUGAUGCCUCGAUUUUAUCUCUUAGGGCGAGAGGGAGGCAGCGUCUUCAGUUUAGUAGGAAGGAUGCCAAGGGAGCAGACGGGAGGGAAUGGAGCAGCACAAUAGGAAAGGAGAUGUAGGGGAGGAUGAGAUUUGCAAUUACAGGAUCGGGAAGGAAGGGGUCAUAGAGAAGAGGGGAAGUAGGGAGGCUAGGGGGAUUAUGGCGGCAGAGAAGAGCGGCAGAGAGGAGGAAGUGGAGGUCGGGAUGGAAGGGAUCUUGGCCAACGAUUCUGUGUAAUAUGUCAAGACUUGUGGGUCUCUCUCCCGCCGCUGCUGUCACCGGUCCAACAUCAACAAGUGUCUGGCUGGCUGGCUGGCUGGCUGACUGGGUUAAUCUGCACUGGUGGCGUUACUUUAUCCCUCACUGGCUGGGCUGUGGCAGACUGAAUUGAUAUAGACUGGUGGUGUUACUCUGUCGUCUGACUCACCCGUGACUGACUGGUUGACUGGGUAGACGUGAAACUUUUAAUGAUUCUGGUCUGUAGUGCUGCUACGCUUGUUUUGCUACAGUUCUAUUGUGAGGUUUAGGUUGUCAUCACCCUCUAUUUUUUUUUUUUUUUUUUUGAGGUGUGUUACAUGGUGUGUCCCCUCUCAUGGUUGCACAAGCAGGAUUUCUGAGUGACGCCUUUGUAGGAGCUCAUGCCGCUUUCCAGAGCUCCCCGAUGCAGUGGUUGUUGAAGAUAGAGUUGUUGGGAAGCGUGUAGGUAUUCCUCGAUGACCGCUUGAAAGACAGUCACCACCACUCGAACUCAUGUCCCCGAGAUCGCCACGUCUGGCCGCUGACUGUGGUGGUGUUAGUUUGUUUCUCUCUCCUUUCUGACUGACCAAAAGGCUUUCAUAAAUUUAUACUAGUAAGCUCUGCCUAAAUGAAAGGCUGACUGACUGGCUAAGUGGCUAGAUUUUUGGCUAACUAGCUGGAAAGUUAGCUAGCUAGUUAGCUGACAGGCUGAGUGGCUGACUGGCUGGAUGGCUAGCCGGCUGUCUGGCUGUCGGUCUGGCUAGCAGGCUAGUUGUCUUGAUAGAUGGGUGCUUGUUGGUUGGCUAGCUGUCUGACUAGCUGGCUGGCUGAUUGAUUGACUGUCUGACUGGUUAUUCGGCCGGCUGUUUGGCUGUCUAGUUGUCUUUUUAUCUGUCUGUCUGUUUAGCUAGCUGACUGGCUGGUUGUUUUCUGUUUAGUUGGCUGACUGGCUGGUUGUUUGUCUGUAUGUCGGUCUGUCUGGGUGGAUGGCUGGCUUGCUGGCUGGCUGCCUUGCUGGCUGGCUGGCUGUCUGGCUGGCUGGCUGGCUGGCAGGCAGGAUGGCAGGCAGGCAGACAGGCAGGAUGGCU